CGUGAAACUGCAUCUGUGCAGGAUGUUUGAGGAACAAAGGAUCACCACAUCCUUCAAGCACCACCUCUUGAAACGUGUGGUUUUGAUAUAGCUCAGUCGACAUUGCAUAAACUGAAUAAAACUCUCGUGCGUAGAACAUGUGUUCAUUUGCAGCCUCUUCUACCCAUGCUUCCAGACUUGAAAAUGACGCAGUCUCAUUUGUGAUGCUAUUCGGAAUUACUACCCUUUGUCAUUACCGCAGAAUUUAUUGAUCCUGAAAUGAAGAGAAUGAUAGGAACGCUAUUCUUCUUGCUCUUUGCCCCGAAGGCAUUGUAUACCUUCAACAUUGAUACCAAAAUAAAGGUGGUGUUUCAAAAUCAUGACAAUGUACUGUUUGGACAGAAAGUUGUUCAAUACAAUCAUGAUAAAAACAGUGGGAUAUUGGUCAGUUCUCCUCUAUAUACAAAAGACAACAAAAGUUACGGGAGGAUGGAGAACUGUGAUCUAAAAAGCAAACAAUGCAACUCUAUCAAACUCCCAGAGACUAAGAGCGCACGCCGCAGACCUGGCUUCACUAUGGCUGCUAAUUUACUCCAUUCACAAUUUCUGCUCUGUCGGCAACAACGAAUAAGGCUUCAAAAGAAUAUUGAAGAUUUAAAUGGAAUUUGCACAGUCCUCUCAUCAAAUCUUCAAGAAAAAUAUACUAUUGAAACUUCUUCAUUGGGAAUAGUCACACAAAACAACAACAACAACAACAACAACAAUAAUAACAACAACAAUAACAAUAACAACAACAGCAGCAGCAGCAUUGAGAAUGAAGAGGAUGAUGAUGAUUUCCCAGGAACAGAGAUUGCAAUUGUCCUGGAUGGAUCGGGAAGUAUUGAUGAAAGUGAUUUUCGAAGAGCGAAAGACUUUAUUAAAAACAUUGCAAAGAACAUUGGGGACAAAUGUCCUGAGUGCACAUUUGCCUUGGUUCAGUAUAGUAAUGAUAUCGAAACCAUAUUCAAUCUGAAGCAGAGUAAGGCAAUGGGUAGCAGGAUUUUCCAAGUUAUUGAUGAGAUGCCACAAUUCGGUCAAGUCACAAAGACAGCUUCUGCAAUACAACAUGUUCUGGACAAUAUCUUCAAUGAAACGCAAGGCUCCAAAAGAUAUGCGAAACAGUUUAUAAUUGUGAUAACAGAUGGAGAUAUAUUCGGCGAUACAAUGAACAUAACCGAAGUAAUCAACUCGCCUAAGAUUGCUAAAGUGACUCGGAUUGCUGUUGGGGUUGGUGAAAACUUUCAGAGGAAAAAUGAGCUGAAGCUAAUUGCCUCCGAUCCAGAUGAAAAACAUCUGUUCAAAGUGGAUAACUAUGCUGCUUUAAACAAUCUGCUGGCAGAUCUUGAAAAAAAUAUAGUUGGAAUUGAAGGUACCCAAGGACCAAACAUUAGCGCCUUCCAUCUCGAGCUGGCACAGAUUGGAUUUAGUGCAGAUUACUCCAGUGAUGGCAAUAUUUUACUUGGUGCUGUAGGAGCAUAUGAUUGGACUGGAGGAGUAAUGAUGUACAAUAUAAAUAAUGGAACAACACAGUUUCUAAAUGAAUCCACACGAACACUUUCCGCUGCUUAUGGUUAUCUUGGGUACAGUGUGACUGGAGCAAGAGGAAAUAAUCAGCAACACCUUUACAUUGCUGGGGCUCCCCGACGCAACCAGACAGGCCAGGUCAUCGUGUUUGAGGCUGGAACUCCUGUCAAAAUAAAGCAGUAUCUUUCAGGACACCAGCUGGGAUCAUACUUUGGCUCGGAGUUGUGUCCCCUCGAUAUAAAUAACGACUCUGUAACAGAUCUUCUGCUGGUGGGUGCUCCAUUCUUUCACGUGCGUGGGGAGGAAGGCAUGGUUUACGUCUACCACCUGAAUGAAGAGGGUAUCUUUGAUGACGAGAUGAUCUUGACUGGAGUCGGCAGUGCUUCCAAUGCCAGGUUUGGCUUUGCCAUAGUAAACAUAGGUGACAUUAACAAAGAUAGUUACAAUGAUGUAGCUAUUGGAGCUCCAUUGGAAGAAGACCAUGGUGGCAGCAUCUACAUCUUUAAUGGGAAAAUGGAUGGCAUCCACAAAACCUAUUCCCAGCGAAUACAGGGGAAGGAUGUGAUGAGUGGUCUUCAGUACUUUGGGCAAUCAAUAGAUGGAGGAUCGGAUGUGGAUGGAGAUGGACUUCUUGAUAUUACAGUCGGUGCAAAGGACAAUGUUGUGGUGCUCAGCUCAAGACCAAUUAUCAACAUCGAGGUGAAUGUCACAUUUUCGCCAAAGAUGGUGCCUCUGUCUUUUGCAACUUUCAACGAGCAGAAGAAAACUAUUCAAGUUUCAGUGUGUUUUACUACUCUAUCAAAGUUUGGACCAUUAGAUUUGAAGAAUUCUUUUGUCAAUUAUACCAUCAACCUGGACAAAAAACAGAAAAAUAAAAGGGCGAUGUUUACAAAAAGUGAUGCAACUCCUGUGUCCCUGUCAGAUUCUGUGAGGAUUUCUACUGCAGGUUGCAAAAACUAUUUAAUCACUCUCCAGCAUUGUACAAUUGAUUGCGUCUCUGCGAUUGAUGUGGAAGUGAACUACACGCUGCAUAACAUUGAAGAGAAAGAUCAACCACCUUCACCCGUUCUUAACAAAGUCACCAAAUCUUUGGCAUCUUUUGAGCUCCAAUUUCAGAAGGACUGUGGAUUUGAUGACAUAUGUGUUUCAAAUCUCUAUAUGGACUGCAAUUUUACAAAUGACUUUACGUGGAUUGUUGGCAAGAUAAGAGAAGCGAGUUUAAAGAUCUUUCUGUCCAACACUGGAGAAGAUUCGUAUCUCACCACAAUGGACCUAUCCUAUCCAAAAAGCUUUUACUUCAAGGAGAUCUCAAAAUCUCUGUCUUCACAGCACAUUGGCGUCAAAUGUACAGAUCAAGCAGCAUCAUCUUCCUUAUCAUUCUUAAAAUGUGCGAUUUCCCAUCCGGUCUUCAAGAAGAAUUCACAGGCUGAACUCACUGUUUCUUGGGACCUUGAUAUAGCUCCGUUUAAGGAAGAAUUUGCAACCAUCAGCAUCAAUGUCACCAACAAAAAUGAAGUUGGGGAUUUUAUUCAAUGGACCCACUAUAUUCCCACGAAGCAUGGUUUGAAUGUGUUCCUGAGACCACUAAAUCAAAUAAGCAAAGUUAACAUCCACGAUAAUGACGUGAAUAGAGCUGUAAUCUUUCAUUUCCAGGCCACUGUGGACAACCCUUACAAUGCUGUAAUAAAACUGAGAAUAUCAAUCCCAGUCAAAGUACAACAGCUUGACAUCCUGGAUUCGGAACAUUUGAAAGCGCAGAAAAAUUUGAAAGAUUGUUUGGAAGUACGGAAUAUCGAAAAACAUAAACAUUCACAGAAAGGAAAAGAUAAAUGGGACUGUGACAUGGAAGAAUGUGAAUGCCUGUAUUUUGAGUGUAUGCUUACUGCCUCAAAACAAGAUAUCAUUGUAAAGGCAAACUUAAUAAAGGACAAUCUAAAACAGCUCAUCCAGGAGAAGGCUGAUAUUGUUGUCUCAGGAAGUGUCGUAUUUGAUAGAAACCUAUAUGAAGAAUCGCAUGAUGCUGAAGACCAAGGUCAUAAUGUCGAGAUAUACGUGAACGUUGUAAAUGUUCCAGUUUUUAAUGCUAUCCCGUUGGUUGCUGGGAGCACAGUUGGUGGAAUCCUGCUCCUUCUUCUGGUGAUUUUCAUCCUCUACAAAUGUGGCUUUUUCAAACGAAGUUACAAGGACAAGAUUGAGGAGACAACUGAAGAAUGAACAAUUAAAAUGAUGGAAGGUAGACAAAAAUGCUGGAGAAACUCAGCGGGUGAGGCAGCAUCUAUGGAGCGAAGGAAUAGGUGACGUUUCGAGUCGAGACCCUUCUUCAGACUUUUGGAAUGAUGAUGGAAUAAUUUUCUGUAAAUAGCGAUUCAUUCAGAGGAAAUAUUUUUUAACAGAAUGUAAUGUAUUUUGUAUUGAUUAAUCUUUCGUGUGGUAACGCAACAAGUGUAAUUGCUGCAGAUGUCACGAUGAUAAAGCCACAGGCAAUUUUUCACCAGA